AUGUCCGAUAAAUCAAUUAUUCGCAUCACACGGGAGCUCUGGGAGAUUAAGAAAAAUGCAGAUCUCUGUAUGCACUUAUCAACUCGAAAACAAUUUAUCACUUCUCGGGGCUUUACCGCUAAGCGUUCAGUCUUCACUAACGACCUUGAUAUAGCUAUUGCAGUCGACUACGAUGAGGAUGAUAUGCGAAAUGUACGUGCAAUCAUUCUUGGGCCACCAGAAACCCCCUACCAGUUCGGGCUAUUCGAGUUUUCCAUCAAGUUCGGCAGAGAGUACCCUGGCAAUCCUCCAAGUGUAAAGGCCGUCACGACGAACUCCGGAGCCUGUCGAUUCUUGGGUAAAACAACCCUCUGCCUCGUUGAGGUCACUCCUGCUAAUAAUGUCAGGACAUGGACCGGCCAAGCAGGAGAACAAUGGUCCUCGGCGCAAGGGUUAGAGUCCGUUUUGAUCUCUAUCCAAAGUCUGAUGUCCGCGAACCCAUAUGAGAACGAGCCGGGAUACGAGCACGCCAAGUCGAAGACGGACGAAGAGAACAUGGCCCAUUAUAAGGCUAAAAUAUGCCAUGAGACGAUACGCAUAGCAGUUCUUCAACCUCUUGAGGCAGCUCUGGGCAUCGUGGCCGGUGGAACAUCAGAACCAUUGAAAAACGGAAGAUGCAUAGAGCCUGAUUACAGCUCUGAAGAUGAGGGCUGCAUCAAUAAUAAUCCCUUCAUUGAUCUCCGGAAACGCCGCUUUCUAUGGUACUACGAUUCGUAUGUGCAGCUUAUAGACAGGGAGUCGCAGAAAGAGGCCGUCGCGCCAAAGAAACCGUUCCAGAAAAUGCCCUUCGAGAGUAGUGGCAACUCCAUGGAUGGACAUUUCGACUACCCCGAGCUACACCGGCGAUUAACGCACCUCAAAGCUAAAAUUCUGGAAGAAACCAAAAACUGGGCAACGCGGGGCCUGGAAGCAAUUAAGAACGAGCUCGGCAUCGCGGCCAACCUCCAGCGGCAGUAUGAACAGAUCGUUGAAACCCUCAAGAGCCACAAGAACUACUCGAUCGACCUAUCUCUCGCCGACAACAACCCUUUCGUGUGGAAACUCACGUACUUUGGCCGGCCGACGACACCCCUGGAAGGCGGAAUCAUCAAGAUCAGAAUCCACCUGAGUACGAAGUUCCCAGAGGAGCAGCCGCGGGUCUUUGUCGAAACGCGCCUCUCUCACAUCCGCGUGUCGAAAGAUGGCGUUCUCUGCUAUUUCCCAAACAGACUUGAGGAAAUGCGCCAGCACGUUGAAGCGAUCGUCGCCGCGCUGGAAGAGGCAGAUCCACCCUACGAUCCGCGCACGACGGUAAACAUAGAAGCGUCAAAGUUAUUCUGGGGCUCUCCGGAAGAUCGCAGGGUGUAUAAGAGAACGCUGAGGAGGGACAUUGAGCGAUCGGUUGAGUAG